UUUUUUUUUUUUUCAACAUGACUCAGAUCCAAGUCGGUGAUACCCUCCCUAUUGUCGUGCUCAAGUACUGUCCCUACGACCCUGCAUUGGAGAAUGCUUGUGGAAUCCCUCAAGUCUUCGAUCUAAACUCGCUCAAGGGAAAGAAAGCUGUCAUCUUUGGUGUUCCCGGUGCUUUCACCCCCACCUGCAACAACCAGCACUUGCCAGAGUUCCGUCAAAAGUAUGACGAGUUUGUCAAGAAGGGUGUUGACCAAAUCAUUUGCCUUUCCACAGGCGAUGCCUUCGUCAUGGAUGCUUGGGGCAAGUGGACAAAGUCCAACGACAAAAUCAUCCUUGCUUCCGAUGGCAAUGGUGAAUUUGUUAAGGCCACUGGGCUCGAUCAAGACCUUUCUAAGAUGGGCAUGGGUAGCAUUCGCUCCAAGCGCUUUGCCCUUGUGGCUGAUGACUUGAAGGUUACCUACAUUGGCGUUGAGACUAGCCCUGGAGUUUCUGUCUCAGGCGCUGAUGCUGUCCUUGCCCACUUGUAAAUAACACCAUGUCAUUCCUCAAUUUUGGGCAUAUCAGAAAAUAAAUAAAAUGAAAUAAAAAAGACAUUUUGUACGAUCAACAUCUCUUCUGCCCAUUUGUUAACACAAUGAGCUGCAAAGAUAAAUAAAGCAAAUAAACAAAAAAAGAGAGACAGCUGAG